CCGAGGAGCGCUGCCUGGGACGGAGCGCUGGCAUUUGUCGCGGGAGCCUCGGCAGGGGACGCAGCGCAGUGCCCCGAGAACAGCAGCAGCGGUAGCCGGAGGCGGCGGAGGAGCCGAGCUCGGCCCGGGCGUGCCCCGCUCCCCCUGAAUGACGGGCGGCAGGUUCGACUUCGACGAUGGCGGCACCUACUGCGGCGGCUGGGAGGAGGGCAAGGCCCACGGGCACGGCAUCUGCACCGGGCCCAAGGGGCAGGGCGAGUACGCGGGCUCGUGGGCGCACGGCUUCGAGGUGGUGGGCACCUACACCUGGCCCAGCGGCAACACCUACCACGGCUACUGGGCGCAGGGCAAGCGCCACGGCUUGGGCGUGGAGACGAAGGGCAAGUGGAUGUACCGCGGCGAGUGGUCGCACGGCUUCAAGGGCCGCUACGGCGUGCGCCAGAGCCUCACCACCCCAGCCCGCUACGAGGGCACCUGGAGCAACGGGCUGCAGGACGGCUACGGCGUCGAGACCUACGGCGACGGAGGUACAUACCAGGGGCAGUGGACAGGAGGGAUGAGGCAUGGCUAUGGCAUGCGGCAAAGUGUCCCCUAUGGCAUGGCGACUGUGAUCCGUUCUCCCCUCCGGACAUCUCUAGCGUCACUACGUAGUGAGCAGAGCAAUGGCACUAUUCUACAUGAUAUUACUUUGGACAGCUCUGCUGGAACAAGAGGAGGGUUUGUGUUGAAUUUUCACAGUGAUCUCGAAGGAAUUGGUGGUAAGAAGAAAGGAGGCUUGUUUAGAAGAGGAUCCCUUCUUGGUAGUAUAAAACUUAGAAAAUCCGAAUCAAAGUCGUCAAUUUCUAGCAAACGCAGCUCUGUCAGGAGCGAUGCUGCUUUAAGUAGGAUUAGCUCUAGCGAUGCCAAUUCUACCAUUAGUUUUGGAGAUGGGGAUUGUGAUUAUUACCCAGCGGAAGACCAUGUUGAUGCCACCACAACAGAAACAUACAUGGGUGAAUGGAAGAAUGACAAGCGCAACGGAUUCGGUAUAAGUGAGCGCUCAAAUGGUAUGAAAUACGAAGGGGAGUGGCUAAAUAAUAAGAGGCAUGGAUAUGGAUGUACCAUGUUUCCAGAUGGCACCAAGGAAGAGGGAAAGUAUAAAAACAAUGUUUUGGUCCGUGGAAUAAGGAAGCAGCUUAUACCCCUAAGAAACACAAAAACUAAAGAAAAGGUGGAGCGUGCACUCGAGGGUGCCCAGCGGGCAUCUGCCAUGGCAAGAACUAAAGUGGAAAUUGCAACCUCAAGAACUGCGCAUGCAAGGGCUAAAGCUGAUGCUGCAGAUCAAGCCAGCCAAUCUGCUCGUCAGGAGUGUGACAUCGCCAGAGCAGUCGCCAGAGAACUUUCCCCAGGUUUCUACCAGCCAGGUCCUGAUUAUAUCAAGCAGCGAUUUCAAGAAGGUGCAGAUGUUAAGGAAAACCCUGAAGAAAAAGCUCAGGAAAAAGCACCUACACCAAAAGAAUCUCCUCACUUUUAUCGAAAAGGCACUACACCUCCUGGGACCCCGGAAGAGAGCCCAAGGCAGAGCCCCCUCCCCGCUGCUGAGCCUUCCCCUGCAAAACAAGGCAAAAAGCAAAACUUCUCCUCUGAGGUCAGACUAAUCCAAGAAAAAAAGAAUUUACCUAGUGAAAAUGUGACACCUGUGGUCAACAAACCUCUUUAUUCGAAAGCACCUGUGAAGGAGGAUAUGAUGGUAAAGCCCCAGCCAAAGUUGUCACCCCGCAACAAUCCUACCCACACAGAGAAUGGGGAGUUGCAUGAUCAUUACCAUGGCUAUUAUGUGAAAUCGAAUCCAGAAAGGUACCCAUUUGAGCUCGGGGAAGACGAGGACUAUGCCAACCCAUCAUCUUCAGCACUUGCACUAGUAGCAUCAGCUCAGAAGCCAAGCCCCAACAAAUCUGGGAUUCAGUUAGAUGCCAAAGAAUCAUUAAAGAAGCCUGAAUCUGUUGCACCAAAGAAUCCCACAAAUAAUGACUUCUUUUCUUCAGUGGAAAGAGAAGUCAGUAUGCCUUUUCAGAAACAGAGAACCUCCAGUGAAUCAUUCCGCAGAAAUGAGAACCGCAAAGCUAUUGGAGAUACUAUCUGAUGAGAAGAUGUUGCAAUAGUUGGAUGUCUCAAGAAAUCACACUAAAGAUGUGUUGAAUCAGGAACAAAAUUUAUUGCUUUCAAAAUAACAUUUCAAGAGGGCACAGUAAAACUACAAAGAAGAAAGAGUCACAUCUUGUGUUUUUGCUAUUAUGACACAAUUUAGAAGCAGCAUAAUGUUCAAGGUUACAGUUGAUCUAUUCAUUAUCUUAUUUUGUGUGUGAAUGUAAUCAAACUCCAUUUUAUUUCACUUUCAGGGUCCUAAUUCAAUCAUGAUUGUCCUGGUAAUGCUGUUGAAUAUUGGUUUAGCCAUUCUUUUUGUCCAUUUUCUAACUUGAUUGGAAUUAGGAAAGGUAAGAAUGGUCUCAUGUUUCACCUGAAAUUCUCUCCUCCCCCAAAUCUCAGUUCUAAUCCUUCCCAUUUCAAAUGACAAAGCUGUACUAUUUGCAAAGUUUAAUGUUAUAUCGGCACUUUAAUUUUAGCUAUGCCUGAAUGUGAUUCAACAUAGUUACUUAAUGAUAUAACUGUUUUGAUCCUUCAGUGAAGUCAUGACAACUAGUGGCGUAAGCCCACAAUUCUCGGCAGUUGUGUCAUCAGCCUUUUAAAUGGCACGAGUCAUGUUCAGACACAGGGAAGGAGGCAUGGAAUUAGGAUGGGACACAAGAGAGAUGAAACUUGGAAAACUCAGCCAGGGGCCUGAGCAGCAGUUCCUCUGCUGAGGAUUUGUGGCUUUGAGGUCCUCUGAAAGCUGAAGCAAGCAAGCAAGGUGGAAAAAAAUACCCUCACACACAAGCGUGCGCACACACAAGCUUGCUGAAGCAGCCCAACAAGUAAAGUGCGUUGGUUACUCCAUCUGUUCCAGCAAAGAGUGUGACUAAACUGGAAAUGUACAGAGCUGCACUUUUGAUGAUGGAAGCUAACAGCUGCCUUACUAUUUUGCCGUCUGAUGUUUUUGGUGGGGGAGAUGGGAAAAGCGACUGCCAGAGGAAUGUGGUCAGAGGAUUCUGUUGCUGUGGAAGUGAUUCCAGUAUUCACUCCUAUCUCAUUAGAAGAAAUAGUUAGCAGCAUCACUCACCAGUCUUAUUCCAUUACCUGCUGCUCUUAAAAUCUCCUUGCAGUUUUCUGGGAGAUCGUGUUUCAUUUGGUCAUGCAUGAUUCUGUUAAUUUACUAUUUAUUUAAAAUCAUUGUACAGCCAUAAUGUAAUAAUGUAGACCAGCCUAGAAAACUUCAGUAGUUUUCACCUGCUUCAGAAAAACAAAGUCUGUAGCAUAUGUGCAGUACAGAUAUUUUCUUAGAAGGGUCAGUUUCUUCACUUUUUUUUUUUUUACCUAAACUGGUAAAAUCAUCUUCCUCGAAGGCUUAUCAGGCAAUAUGCAACAGUGUUUUAAGCCAUCAUUUAUAUCUUCCUAGUGACAGUGGCAAGCAGAAUUGUUUCUUUAUGCUGUGAAAUUUAUCGGGAUGUAUCGGCGUACUGGAUGAGCAAGGUAGAAUAUUUUGAUAAGUGUGCCACUCAGCAGUUUGAGUCUUAACUCAAUAUUGCAAAAUUUUGCUGGCAUUUACAGUCUUGCCUGAUUGCACAAUAGAAACUGUUCAUUAACAUAAUAAAUAAAUAUUUUUAAAGGUCAGGCUUCAUGUUGAAUACAUUCAGGUAGAGCAUUUAACAAUGACUGAUUAUCAGUUUGAUGCCUUUUAAUGUUGUUAAAAUGAGUCUGUAAUCUUACCUCAGCCAGUUAAAACUUAAGCCUCAAACUUUCAUUUGGAUUCUGUGUCUUAACUAGAUUUACAGUCCUGUGUUUGAUGAUAUGAUCCACCCCCCACCCCCACCCCACCCCGGCUGUAGUUACUGUAUUCCAUAUUACUCAAAAGCAUGCUUGUUUACUUAUAGGAAAAUUGUAUGUGGAGUGGUCAUUUUGAAAGUCAGCAUUUUAAUUAGAAAUAAAAAGUAAAGGGUUUGGAUUUGGGUUUAUCUGAGAGAAAAGAAUACUUUUCAGGAGUUUUAUCCUAUUUGUAAUUUAUUAUUAUAAUUAUUGUUGUUAUUAUUAUUUGCAUGGUUUAAUAGUGAGUUUUCUUCAUAGCUACAUUAGCAAUUGUAAGAGGCAGCCCAUAAAAUGGAAGUGAAUAAGGGAUAGUUUUUAUAGCCUGGAACAGCUCAAAGCAGGGCAGUAAUACAGUGGCAUUUUUUGCAGAAGUGGGUUUGAGAAUCCUGUGUUUUGACCAGUGUGGAAAUCGUGAAGAAAGCAGAAAGGCAGCAAAUGAAACGUUUAACAACUUGUGUUUGUAUGUUUGUUAAGGAAGGAAAACUUGUUUUACUUUUAAAUUUAGAAAACUACUUCUUAAUUGAGAUUCAGGUUUUUAAAAUCGUAACAAGCCUUGAUGUCCUAUAUAAACACACUUUCUUAUCUACAGUUCACCCCUGUUAAGUUAUUGCUUAAAAUAAUUUUGUAACUGACAUUUACAUUUUAUUACAUGUUUAUUUAAAAAAACAUGGCUUUUGAAAAUGUUUAUAAAUUUAAGCAUGCUAUUUCCAUUUAUAAAUAUGUAUGAUUUAUAAGCUUUUUUAAAAAACGAAGCUCCAAUCAAAAAUUGUUGGUAUUUUUCUAAAAUGUGCACAGCUGUAUUUUACAUAAAAGGCUAUUUAUAGAUGGUUGUAUACUGUACACUACAUUUUGGACAGUUCAUUGAUCUGCCAAUGUACUUAAUGAUAUGUUACUUUGUCUAUUUAAAAUUUCUUGCUGUGAAUGAACUCUUUAUCUAAUGAGCUUCUUAAUUUAUAAUUCUGGAACCCAAAAUGGAUAAUGUACAGUUUUCUUAACUGUAUUUGCUCUAAUAAAAAGAAAUUGUUACUAAUGUG